GAGAGAGAGAGCGCCAGGGCAGGUCUGACAACACUCCAGACUACAUCUUCAUGGACGCUGUCUUGCUUUCCUCAUAACUGCACAGCUGCAUUUCACAUGCACUUCCAGCCACAGUUUCUCAAGACUUCAGUUUUUCCCCAGAAGACCAACUUGAUAUAAAGGCAGGAAGUGUAUUGUGAGCGGGUGACAGGAUCAAUAAUGACCUCCAGGCAACAGUCCAGUCCGGACGUGAUCACCACGUGCCCCAGGUCAUCCAUACAUCUCAGCUCAUACUGAUUCCACCUGACUUUGGACUAAAGGAACCGACAGCACCCCUUAAACAAAUUUUGAAAUUCGUGACCUCACCCUCCCCUCCAGCCAUGUGGUGGGGUUGGUUUGUGUGCCGCUGCUUGUCCCUGGCAGCGCUGCUGGUGGUAGCAGACUGUGGAGGGGCUGAGCAAAGAAGAGGAGCAGAAGAAGGACUCAGAAGCUCCACGGCAAAAGCCAACAGCAGCAGCGGUCGAAAAUAUCACCGGAUCCAACACGGACAGUGUAGCUACACUUUUAUCCUUCCGGAGGGUGAUGGAGGCUCUUGUCGAGAGUUUAAAGCGGGCACGCCGUACAAUGCCAACGCACUUCAGCGGGACGCACCUCAACCUGAAGCGGACUUCUCCAACCAGAAGAUCCAGCAGCUGGAGCAUGUCAUGGAGAACUAUACGCAAUGGUUACAAAAGAUUGAGAACUACAUCAAAGACAAUAUGAAGACAGAGAUAGUGCAGUUACAACAGAGUGCUGUUCACAACCACACGGCGGCCAUGUUAGAGAUGGGCACCAGUCUUCUCUCCCAAACAGCUGAGCAGACGCGCAAGCUAACCAAUGUCGAGACACAGGUUUUAAAUCAGACAUCAAGGUUGGAAAUUCAGCUGCUGGAGAAUUCACUAUCCACCAACAAGCUGGAGAAAGAACUUAUGAUACAGAUAAAUGAAAUCAACAAGAUCCAUGACAAGAAUGGGUCAUGGAGUCGACUCAAGCUCCUGAGCUUCCGUCUCACUGGCUUUGGGAGCGUGUCGGCCGAACACUGGCUGGGAAAUGAGUUUGUGCAUAUUCUGACCAAUCAGAGGGAGUAUGCCCUCCGUGUGGAGCUGACAGACUGGGACGAACACCAGGUCUUCUCACAGUAUGACAGUUUCCACAUCGACAGUGAAAAACACAAUUACAGGUUGUUCCUGAAGAGCCACAGCGGGACGGCGGGCAGACAGAGCAGUCUGGCAAUCCACGGCGCUGACUUCAGCACUAAAGACAUGGACAAUGACAACUGCACAUGCAAGUGUGCGCUGAUGCUCAGUGGGGGAUGGUGGUACGAUGCCUGUGGCCCAUCGAACCUGAACGGGGUGUACUACAGACAAGGCCAACAUGUUGGAAAAUUCAAUGGAAUCAAGUGGCACUAUUUCAAAGGCCCCAGCUACUCUCUCCGAUCCACUGUCAUGAUGAUUCGACCGGCCGACUUCGCGUAGUUCUCCACAAAUAGCCCAAAAUGUUUUGGAAAAUUGUUACUUUUUGGCCCAUGACAUUACCAGGUAACGCUGUAUAAGUGGUUAGCUGCUUGCCUUUUGGAUAAUGCAGCAUUCUUUUGAGAUAACACCUCUCCAGGAAACAGGAAUCCUGUGAAUAAGGGGCUGUCCUAUCACCUUUAUGGGACUACAUGGGAGAUGGCAUGCUCUUUGGGAAUUUAGGGCAGGAGCUGACUUGGCUGGGCUUUUAUUUUUAAAUAUCAGAUGUAUGAAUUCAAGUGCCAUUCACUUGUCACUCAGGACCUGUGGACUGCUGAGGCAGGCACAUCACCUUUGAUGGUAGUGGACUGGGCUGCAUUGCCUAGCAAUCACCCUGUGCUCAUCUGGCGUUCGUGUCUCCAAGUGAAUUUAAAGCAGAUUGAAUGUCCUUCAAUAUCUUAAAGGGGCCUAUUAAUGUUUAAUACAAACGUGU